GACUCCACCUCCCUACCCCCUCCCUCAUCCUGGCUUCUCUUUCACCCGCUCUCUUUCCAUCGCUAGGAUUUUCCCCUCUUGCGCAAGCCGAGGUGAACCUAGUCUGGGAAAGGCAUUCCGAAGGCGGCUUCAGUUCGCUUUCUAAGAUCAGGAUCUGCGAUCCUUCCCCUCUGCGGGCUCCACUGCCUUUCUCCCUCCCGCGGACUAUACCCGUAGACCGCCCCCCUAACACCCUGCCGAGUCCCCACGUCCUUUCCCCCGCAUCUCUAACACCCCCGGAGGAGGACAGAAAGCUGGCGGAGGCAAUGAUGGAAUCUGAGGAGCCGAGACUCUGCGCUGCAAAGAUGUGAAAACAAAGUAAGUUAAUCUUAACGACAAUGCUUCUGAACCAGUGUACCUUAUUUAUUGGAUUACUAUUUUUCUUCCCCAGGGAGUCCAUCUGCUCUACAUGGUCAAACACCUCAAUGGACAUACCAUUACAGUCUUGCAUUUUAACGAUGACAUCUCAUAAUUUUCAGCACAUUUUAUCUUGGGAAUCAAACAGCAGUGGCGCUAUACCAACUCACUAUACUGUGUCUUACACAGUUUUGAGUGCUGUCGAAGAAUGGAAGGCUGUUGAAACUUGCACAAAUAUCACAAAAUCAUCGUGUAACAUGACAGAUAUUUAUGAAACCAAUGAAACCUACUUUACCAAUGUAACAGGCUUCAACAGAAAGGAAAAAUUAGUUGAGUGUGUAGACAGUUUCUUUCCCAUAACAGAUACAGUUUUAGACCCACCAGAAGUGAGCAUUUGUGUUUUUAAGGAUACAAUCAAUGUCACUGUGCAUCAUCCAGCAUCCUUAUCUCAGAUAAAGAAUAAGGAAAAGGAACUUUUUUCAUCAGUAGUCAUUAAAGUGCAAUCAAGUAACAAGUUAUACAAGGAACUAACAGUUGAAAUGGAUAACCAAGAAAAUGUAACUAAUGUAAUUGACUCUCUGAUUCCAAAUUCAAAUUACUGUGUAUCCGCUCACUGGGAUUUACAGUUUUCUAAGCAUGUGAUACAAUCUCCCUUAAAAUGUAUCAUGUUUUCUUCUAGCCAAGAAUCAGGUUCAGAAAAAUUUGCUGCAAUACCAUUAGCCACAUGUUUUAUUAUCUUACCAAUAAUAAUCCUUGUGAUAUUGCUGAAAAAGACAGGAUAUAUAUGCAGAAAACAAACACAUUCUCCCAAAGUAUUGGAUUUCCCGCCUGUCAUACCUGGCCCACUUCAAUUGCCUCAUGUGAAAGUUACAAGGGCAGACAUCAUUUAUAAGACCAAGAAGAAAAAAGUGUUUAAUGACAGUGAUGACAAAAGUGACAGUGAUUGUGAAUCAACUCAGAAAAUAGAAAAUAACUACACCAUGAAUGGCUUUAUCUGUAGAUCUCAAAGUCAGGACUCCAAACUCUGCUGGAAAGAAUAUAAUUCCACUGAUUCAGACCCAAAUGAACCUGAAAGUCCAGAGGUUGACCUUCCUCUGGCUGACACAGACAGUAGCACACCAUAUCAGUUAAAGACUGGCCCAGAUGAAAGUAGAGUGUGCCGUAGCUGGAGCCACCUUUCUGAAGAUAGUACCUAUUCUUCGAGGUCAGAAGGCUGCUUUAAUUUUAAUGUGAAUUUAAGCACCGUAUUUGUGAGAGACCAUGGAGAUGAUAAAGCAUCAGAAGAUGAUGCUGCUCAGAUAUUAUUGCCUGUGCAAGAAGAUAAAGUCAACUUAGUGGAUUCAGAUGAAACUGAAUUAAAACAUAUAACUCAUGCUACAAAUGUAAAGACACCACUUUUCCAUGUCCCUUCCAAAGAAUACCUCUGCUCUGAAAACUCUUCCUCUGAUGAAAGUGUUACUUCAGAAUCAGAUGUGGACCUAGGGGAUGCGUAUAUAAGAAGAUGAAUCCUGAUAACUUAAACUCAUAGAAAUUAAUGAAUAUUAUAUGAUCUCUCUCUCUCUCUCUUUCUCUCUCUCUCCCUCUCUCUUACUCUCUCUCUUUCCCCCUCCCCUUUCUCUCCCUCUCUUCCCCCUCACUAGUUUUUUGUGGUCCCAAAGACUGAAGGGAAAAUGAAGAAAACCAGAGAACACAUACAAGUCUCUUGAUAAAAAUCAAAUAUGCAAACUAAAUGCAUAGAAGUACUGUGAAGCUUAAUUUUUAUGUAAAACUGUUGAAAUACCUAAAAGUGAAAGUGCUGUAAUAAACCACCUUUACUGGACUUAAAA